AUGUCUGAGAACCAGUGCAUGAUGUUUCCUCUGAAUCUUCGAGUUCAGAAGUGGACAGGUAAAAGAGCGAUUGACAUGCCCUGCCAAAAGAACCUCUACAAGAAAUCUCUCUCAGAAGUGAAAGCACUGUCCUCCGUGUCCCAGUGCGAGCAAGGUUCUCCCAUUUUUGAUUUUCAUCUCUUUCAAAGUGGUGGUCCCUUGAAAAGUGGCAAGAGCCGGGUUUUGUAUGGAGUAUCAGAAAAGUACCCUGUUGUAGCAGUGGUUGGCUUGGGAGAGAAGGGAAAGAGUUCAGAUCCUAAUGAGGAAUUUGAUGAAACCAAGGAAACAGUGAGAACAGCAGUGGCUGCUGGCUGUCGAUCACUGCAGGAGGCCAGUGUUGAUAAAAUUUUAGUAGAUCCAUGCGAUGAUGCUGAGGCCGCAGCAGAAGGUUCAAGUCUGUCUGUAUUUAGAUAUCAAGAUCUCAAAAGUAAAAAAAGGCCAGUUCCAACAUUACAGUGUUGGGAUGAAAGUGAAGAAGGGUGGGUUCGUGGGAUGACACUUGCGGAAGGGCAGAAUAUAGCUCGGAAAUUAAAAGAAACACCAGCUAAUAUUUUGACUCCAACUAAUUUUGCUCAGGAAGCUGUAAAUUGCUUGGAGGGUUUAGGAGUGGAGGUAUCCGUAAGAACUUUUGAGUGGAUAAAUCAACGUAAAAUGAAUGCAUUCCUUUCCGUUACAAGAGGAUCAGGUGAACCUCCAGUUUUCCUUGAGAUGACUUAUAAAGGAACUAGUUCUCUAGAAAAGCCUUUGGCUAUUGUAGGUAAGGGAGUGACAUUUGAUACUGGUGGCAUUUCUCUGAAGCCAUCUGCAAAGAUGGACAAGAUGCGUGCUGAUAUGGGAGGCGCUGCUUGCACAGUUGGGGCCAUGUUCAUUGCUGCUGCGCUACACCUUCCAGUCAAUAUUAAAGGUUUCAUACCAUUGUGUGAAAAUAUGCCAGGAAGCAUUGCUACCAAGCCUGGUGAUGUUGUGGUUGCAUCCAAUGGCAAAUCCAUCCAGAUUGACAAUACAGAUGCUGAGGGAAGACUCAUAUUAGCAGAUGCCUUGCAUUAUGCUUCGCAGUUCAAACCUAGAGCUAUGAUUGAUAUGGCAACACUUACAGGUGCAAUGGCAGUUGCAUUAGGAGCUGGUGCUGCUGGAGCCUUUACCAAUAGUACACCUCUGUGGCAGCUCAUGCACAAAGCAGGGACUAUUUCUGGUGAUCGUGUUUGGAGGAUGCCUCUUUGGAAACACUAUUCUAGUCAAGUUACAGACUUUGGCUUGGCUGAUGUGCAUAACUUAGGGAAGUAUGAUCGUUAUGCUGGGUCUUGCACUGCUGCCACCUUCCUUCAGGAAUUUGUUACUUGUGAUCACUGGAUGCACAUAGAUAUUGCUGGGGUCAUGGAGAACCAGGAUGAAGUCCCAUAUCUUGGAAAGGGCAUGAGUGGACGACCUACAAGAACAAUUGCAAACUUCAUUGAACUUCUGGCAGUGGGUGACAGUGGACUUUAGAGUUGGUAACAUAUAAAUGCUUAGUCUGAAUUGAAAUUUUGUUAAGUUUUUUAUAUGUUCAUUAAAGUUUUGGGAACACGAAAUGUACAAGGUCUUAUACAGUCAUAGGACUUUUUUUUUUUUUUGUCGAUGUCACAGUUGGAGACAUCAGAGUUGUAGCUUCCACAAAUUUUACUCAGAGAGUGAGCUAUAUGUAAGACAGUGUAACAUUUCAUAUACUCUUCAGCUGAGAGGUUUUUGUUAUUAUUUUUAUAUGUAAAGACAUGAACAUUAAAUGAGAGACAAUUUCAGUAAUUCUACAAUUUUUCAAGCCCUGACUCUGUAGAGGCUUGUUGAGAAUUAUUCAUCCUUUGUAAAGCUGUCUUUGAAAAAAUAUGGGAAAUUUCACUUGUGAAUUUACCAUUUAGUAUAGUAAUCUGUAAUAUACCGUCAUCAUUGUGCUGUGCAUACCAGUUAAUUGCACUAGUGCAGUAACUGGUAAUUCUACAAUAUGUACUCUUUUGAACUGUCAGCAGUUUUUUAUUAAAUUUUUUGAAGAUGUAUAUAUAUUAAAUUUUAGUUACAAUAAAUGUUUUAUAUUUAAA